AAACAGAGCAGCAAUAUCUGCAGCUUGUAAAUCCAAUCCCACCCUCUGUAAACCCCUUCCAAACCCCUCUCUUUGUCUGUCUUCGAGCACAAAAAUGGCUCUCCUCCAUAUCCACACACCAUCUCAUAGCAUAACCACCCUCUCCCCCAUCCUCUCAUUUCAUUCCCCACCACCUCUUCACUUCUCUCUUCCUCACUCCACCUUGAAAACCCACCAACAAAACUCACUCUUUUCCACUGCCACAACUACCAAGAACACUCCUUUCUUGCUCUCAACACUCCCAAAAAAGCUGCUUUGCCAACCCCCUCGUGGCACGUAUGUCAGAGAAGACUAUCUUGUGAAGAAGUUGUCAGCCCAGGAGGUUCAGGAGCUGGUAAAGGGUGAAAGAACUGUACCCAUUAUUAUUGAUUUCUAUGCAACAUGGUGUGGACCCUGUAUUUUGAUGGCUCAAGAACUCGAAAUGCUUGCGGUGGAGUAUGAGCAAAAUGCAUUGAUUGUUAAGGUUGAUACAGAUGACGAGUAUGAAUUUGCACGUGACAUGCAGGUAAGAGGCUUGCCAACAGUGUUUUUUAUUAGCCCAGAUCCAAGCAAAGAUGCAAUCCGGACUGAAGGGCUUAUCCCAAUACAAAUGAUGCGGGAUAUAAUUGAUAAUGAGAUGUGAAGCAUCAUUACUUGAAUCACCAGACAGAUUUGGAGGGCCAUGGCUUUUGCAGGUGGUGAUGCCUUUCAGUGAGUUGUUUGAGUUUUGUAAUUUAUUUAAAAACUCAAAUACUGCAUUGGAGUCAACAGUUUUGUAGCUAUCUUUUGUAUUAUAGAUGGGUGGUAGGAACGUUUGGAUGCA